AUGGCUCGAGACAAAGUCAGAAUAAAUUAUGGUGAUUCUGCAGUGGGUUAUGUACAGCUCAAAAGAGAUGGAAAUAUUUGUAUAGUUCAAGGAAAAGUUUGUCCCGAACACCGAGUAAAUAGUAAGGCUUACGUUGUAAAGAUCUUAGUCGACGAAGAUGAUAAAAACGUAAUAGAAGUUCAAUGUCAAGACUGCGCUGCUUCAGAAGGUGGUUGUAAGCAUGCCAUCGCUUUCCUUAUGUGGAUACAUCGCAGAAGUGAAGAGCCAGAACCAACAGAAUCCUUCUGCAACUGUGCGGCAAACGGCGAGCCGAGCAGUCGAGGCGGCCCGAAGCCGCCCGAUGCCGGUCGAGCGAGCGUUGCCGAGUGCGAGAGAGUCGGGCUGCUAUAUUAUCUUCGUUUAUUAGCCGAAGUUGCCCGACGUGACUUUCGUGACAGAUCUGGCAAGAGUGCCGAGGUCUCGUCGGAUUCCGAGGUUUCGCCGGAAUCCCAGGACCUUGGCAUACAACCGGCUAUUGUUAGAGGCAAAAAAGUACAUAUGUCCGGUGUGAACAACAUGUGCACGUUAGUAACGUCUAAUACACGAAGGAAAACGGAAAACGCAGUGAAGACUCCGCAAGCAAAACGGAAGAGGGCCAGUGAGAGCGGCAGCCAAUGA